AUGUUAGGGUUCCGUGCCAAGAAGCUCGUCGCCUCCGUAGUCUCCAAGAGGUACUAUUCCUAUCCCCCGCCGCCGCGCAAGAAGCGCAAUCCUCCGCCGGCAUUCUUCGAUGCCAGGGCCGUCGCACAGAUCGAUUCGUGCCCGGUGACCAGCGCAGCCCGGAUUCGUGCCACUCUUCUCCUCACCUAUCACUGGAUUUGGAGCUUCCAGCAGCACAGGGACAAGAAGCAUCAUUGCUUGGGCGGGCUCUUGAGAAAUCCCGACCUCUGGAUCUGCGCCUACCAGAGGGCCUGCUACAACAACAAGCUAUGGAGUCCCGUGAGCUCUCUCCCUCCCAAAACUCUGGAAACGCUGGAGCUUCUCAUGGAAGCGGUGUGUGCGAAUUGCUAUGGCUGGGGUGGGACGAAGGUUGUGUACGUUUGUCCUCCACACAAGACGGCUAUAGAGGCCACGGAGGUGGACGAGAAGAGCUUCCAGGACGAGAUCGUCCAGGAGGUUCUACUCAUGGUUUUGGAGCCGAUAUACGAGGCCAAGUUCUCGAGAAGAUCGUUUGGAUAUAGGCCGGGAAGGGGUGCUCGCGAGUGCCUCCGAUUCAUCCACGGCAACUUUGGUGAUGUCUCGUGGACUGUGAAAGGAGAUCUCUCCAAGCUCUUCGAUUAUCCACAGGCCGAGCUCUUCAACCGGGUUCUACGCAAUGUGAUCCAGGACGACAAAGUUGGCGAGCUGAUCAUCAAGGGGAUGAAGACACGAGCUCCUCCGGCCGUGCUUCCGUUUAAGAGAUUGAAGCCGACAAAGAGGAAGUUCCUGGAGUUUGAGCCGAGAAGGACUCCGUUGUGGCUGGAGGUGGUUCUGGGAUUUGCUCCGGCAGAGGCUCAAAGAACUCCCGACUGGGGAUGCUGCAACAAGCUGGGUCCGUUUCUGGCCAACGUUUAUCUAAGUGAGCUCGACGCCUGGAUGGAAAAGCAGGCCGAGCUGUUCCGUCGGCCUCACGAUCCGUCCAUCGGUGUAAGCUUUAGCACCGACGAGCAGGAGAAGCCAAACAAUGCUAGGAAAAUGGAGUACGUCCGCUUUGGAGCUCACUUCCUUAUCUCGGUAAGAGGCACAAGAGACGACGUUUUGAGCUUCGAGGAGAAGUGUAGAGUCUUCUGCAAGCAAAAGUAUCAUCGCGAGCCGGAGUUUGGAGCACCUGAGGCGAUCUCAACGCCGACGCUGUUCCUCGGCCACCAUUUUUUCCAGACCAAGAAGUUGAAAACGAAGUGGGAGCCGUCCUCAAACAAGAGAGGAACGGUUUCGAAAGUGGAGAAGACCGUCUUCUGCGUGGACGGCGCUGUGGGGCACGCCGUCCACAGCUUGAAGCGAGUAGGCGUUCUCGACGACAAAGACAACACGCUUCCAUGCAUGCGGCUCUUUCACGAGGACCAGGUUCACAACAAUGCUCACGUCAACAAGAUCUUGCGAGCGCUGGCCGACUUGUACCAGCACUCGACAAACCGAGCGGAGAUGUGCGAGCUCAUCGGGUACUUGUUUCGAUCGUCGCUGGCGAAGAUGUAUGCUGCGAAGUACAAGCUCCGGACGCAGAUCCGGGUGGCCAAGUCCGCGUCCUUGGAUCUUUGCAAGCCACUCAAGGAUCCUCAAAAGGCCGGAGGAGGAGCACAGACGGAGGCGGUGCCGGAGCCACUGGAGCUUGUUUACAGCGUUCCAGAAGCUCUUGUGGCACCCAUAGCUCACGACUGGAAGCCGCUACACGAGAAAACUCUGAGAAGUGUGGCCAGGCUGCUCCGUCCGGAGGGACUCCAGGACGGACUAGUUGUGCUGGCCAAGGAACUUGGAACUUGCUGGAAGCUAGUCGAUGACUAGAACUUUCGCGGGGAUGAAGAUCAACAGUUCGUCAAAGUGAUAUUCUGCGAGAGCGGCCAGGAGAUGCCUAUGACGAAGAACGGUAGACGAUGAAUUGACUAAGUUUGUCUACUUGCGGAAGCUUCAUGUCGCUGCUAUGGCCUUUGUGGAGCACUUGGUCCUCUUCAGGCUGAAGAAGGAGGUAUCAAAUUCUCAAGAAGAAGAAUGGCUACACUCGCUCAACAAUCUCAAGAGCCUGGAUGGCAUUCUCUACUUCAGAGCUGCCAGGAUUGCGGAGAUCAGCGGUACGUUUUCAUUUACUCACGCCCUCUACGCCAGGUUCUCCGGGAAAGCAGCUCUUGCGCACUACUCACCACAUCCAGAGCAUCUCAAAGUUGUGGAGAUUGGGAGGCAAAUAUGUGACGACUUCUUUGGGCUCGACUGGGAGACCAACGAUGCCUCUCAAGUGGGAGACGGCCCCAAAGUCUUCAUGGUUGUGAAGCUCAAAGACGGGGUUGAUUCACAUGUGCUCCUGGAAGUGGCUUCCGUGUGUGCAAAGCAGGCUUCCCAGGGGAGAUUUGUCAGUGCUGGUUCCGAUUUUUCGAAGCGGGGCAGAGGUUUUGAUUUUGGAUAUCUUCUGGGAACUUGCAGCGAUUGUCCUCCAGACCAACAUGCUACUGCUCUUAAGCAUCUGCAAGACGAGCUUGCGUUCCUCCAGGGAGCGAUCGAUUCUUUCUUGGAGAGCUCUUUUGUCGUCCAGUGUUGACAAAGAUUAAUAUUUAAAUUAUGGAGGAAAUAGUAGCUUCUUAUGGAAUUUAA